CUGUAGCCCGGGACACAUUUGGCUGGCUGCUUUUACAGUCCAGCUCCACCUCUUCCUGAAACUGUAAACACUCGCAAAACUUCCCGAAUUCCGAGAGUCAGAUCUUCAAGACGGUGCGGUGACAACUCCAACUGUCACUUGUAAAUAUUUUUUUUUUCUUAAAUAUAUGUGUGGGUGCCUUCUUUUAUAACAAACCAUCUUCAUUCCCGUCAGACUCCAUUGGAAGUUCAAAGCAUCCUCAUGGCACCAAAGAGACGCUCGGCUGCUGCAGCCAAGGCGGGCGGCAAGAAGGUGAAGACGGAGCCCGAGGUACCGAAGCCCAAGGAUGCCUUCACCUCUAAGAAAGAGGCCCUCCUGGCUGCGGGGCCUCAAGUCAAAGGCAGGAAGAAGGUGGACGAGCACUGUGACUUGUCAAACAUGGCAGAGGUGCACGAAGACUACGACUGCAUGCUCAAUCAGACAAAUAUUGGACACAACAACAACAAGUUUUAUGUCAUUCAAGUCAUUAAAGGAGCUAAAGAAUACUACUCAUGGAACAGAUGGGGCAGGGUGGGCGAGGUCGGACAAUCCAAACUGAAUACGUUUUCGGAUGUUGACAGCGCCGUGAAGGACUUUGAAAAGAAGUUUAAGGACAAGACAAAGAACAACUGGAGUGAUCGCGCAAAUUUUGUGUCUCACGCUGGGAAGUACACUUUGAUCGAGGUGGAUGGCGACCAGGAUGCGGAGAUCAAGGUUGACAGUGUUGAUGGAACGACCGUCAAGGUCACGAAAAACGUCCUGCCUUGCACCCUUAAUGCAGCCACACAGGAACUCAUCAAGCUCAUUUUCAGCAAUGACAUGUUUAAGGAGGCCAUGGAAUGUAUGAACCUAGAUGUCAAGAAGAUGCCUUUGGGUAAGCUCAGCAAGAUGCAAAUUGCAAAGGGCUUCGAGGUGCUGGAAGAAAUCGAAGCAGCGUUGACUCAAAAAGGUGGAAGGCCACGUCUCGAAGAACUUUCCUCCAAGUUCUUCACAACAAUCCCCCAUAACUUUGGCCGCAGCAGACCACCGACCAUCGACAACAACGACAUAGUGGAAAAGAAGAAAGAGAUGCUGAUGGUGUUGGCUGAUAUCGAGCUGGCCCAGACCCUGAAAUCAGAGACGGAGAAGGCACAGGAAGAGAUGAUCGAGACUGUUCCUCACCCCGUCGACCAGGACUACAAUUCUCUGAAGUGCAACCUCUCUCUGAUGGGCAAAGGCACAAAAAUGUUCAAGAUAAUAGAAACGUACCUAAAACAAACAAAGGGUCACUGUGAGCCCAAAAUUGUCAAUGUUUGGGAAGUCGACAGACAGAAUGAGGGGGAGCGAUUUCAGGAGAAUGACGCACUGGAGAACCGUCGUCUGCUGUGGCACGGCACAAACAUCGCAGUGGUGGCCGCUAUACUGAAGAGCGGUCUCAGGAUAAUGCCCCAUUCAGGGGGGCGCGUUGGUCGGGGUAUCUAUUUUGCAUCUGAAAACUCCAAGUCAGCAUGUUACGUGCGCACGUCUAAAAAUACCGGUGUGAUGUUUUUGAGCGAAGUGGCCCUCGGGAAAGAACACACCAUCACCAAAGACGACUGUUCCUUGAAAAAGGCUCCCGCUGGAUAUGAUUCUGUAGUUGCACGAGGUCAAGUGGAACCAGAUCCCUCUAAAGACAUCUUCAUCACCCUUGAGGACAAGAAGGUGGCUGUCCCACAGGGUAAGGCUAUAAAGCAGCCGCAGUACUCUGAGAGCCACUUCAGCAACAGUGAGUAUCUCAUCUACAAAGAGAGUCAGUGUCGUCUCCGCUACCUGCUCGAGCUGAAGAUGUAAACCCAGGUAAAGCCCUUUCCUUAAAAAGAGAAGCGAUGACCACUUAUAUUCCUGGCUUUGCCUCUAUCUAUUCAUCCAGUUCAACAGAUAAAUUACUUAAUUGAUGCGCCCUUUGAUUGGCUAAAACUCUUGGCUUGGCUCACAGUAAAUGAAACGUGUAGGUGUAUUUCAAGGGGAAAUCCAGUGGUUUGCAUUAACAAUGUAUCUAAUAUGUCAUGUAAGACGUACUCUAUUUUGACAUUGUGAUGUUAAAUCCGCUCUCAUUUAAUAGUGUUUUGAGAAGAUUUUGAUGAGCAAAGCAACUCACGGCUGUGUAUGGAAGUAUUCCUCCGUCUUUCCCAUCCACCGAUACUGCUAUUUCUUCAUCAGAUGAGGAUAAGUCCGAGAAAUCAGCGCUGGGCAUAAAUGGUGCCCCAUGUAUUUGAACCUUUGUUGUGACACGUCACAUCCGCGCACGUAGGUCAUGUGACUCGCGAAAAUGGCAGCGCCCCUGAAGAUUUGUAAUUGUCGAUAAAAAUCUUCUCAAAUCACUAUUAAAUGAGAGAGUAUUUAACAUCACAUUGUCAAAAUAGAGUACAUAUUACAUGACCUCUUGGAUACACUGUUAAUGCAAACCAGCGGAUUUCCCCUUUCACGUUAUGACCGGUAACUCGAUAAUCUUCACCGAUGCCUGAAAUAAUCUUUUGUCUGCUUAUGCUGUUAAUGGUUCACUUGAUGUGCUUUAUAGUUAUGAUGCCUAUUCUGAUUCCUCUUGAAAACUGCCUUAAUUAUUCUGUAAAUUAGAGCAUAAUGUAAUUAAAACGUGUGCAGGAAGUGAAGGUAAAAAGUGCAAUCUUACUACUAAUCAUAAAGCACCAUGUUUAUUUUUGAGCUGCUAAGAAACUGCUUCUGUUAAGAAACCCAAUAUCUCUUUUGUAAAUAAAUAUUUGGGGUUGAUUCCUUGCCUUGAUUGUGUAUUGAAGUUUUACAAACACUGUGGAACCUACAAAGUCAAACGGCUCAAUGGUGGUACAAUUUUGAGUUGAGGCGGGAUUUUCCUGGAACGGUUAGUACGUAGUGAGCAACGCAAUUAAUUUAAAUUCGUUGUACCAAACGGAUGCUAACGUAAAUAGCAUGUAGCUGGAAGUACAAUGACAUGCAUGAAGCAUGAAUUUGACCUGCAAAGCUCUCCCAACAUUUUUACUGGCCAUUACACUUUAUUCAUUGUGUUGUCAGCUUUUUUUAUUUUAGUGUUUAACUACUUUUCUUUGUACUUGUAUGACAGUGACGAAUGUUACAAUGCUAAUUGAAACGUUGUAUUGCAAUACUGUUGUCUUAUGGUGGCCACAGUUGAAACCUUGAAGUAACGAAUUGUCUUUGUAUUAUUUCCAACGGGAAACAUGGUUUUGUUUUGACUGGUUUUGUCGCGCAGAACGGAUCGUAUUUGACUUUGGAGCUUCCUGUAGCACCGCGUGGUGUGAUUUGCACUAUAUGACGAAAACCAAUAAAUAUGUCCCGCUCACUGUU